AUGUGUGAGCUCAUACUACUUAUGUUUGUUUUUGUAGUUUCCUGUGGUUUAUUAGUUGGAGAAUCUAUUUCUACUUGCAAAUGCCUGGAUCGUAUAAUAUUGUUACACAAUAUAGGAGAUUUCCGAAUUAUUUCAAGUCCGAAUUAUCCGGAGCCCUAUUGUUCGGGAAUGAAUUGUAAUUGGCAUGUUGUGGCGCCAAGCAAUAAAUUCAAAAUUCAGUUUAGUGCUGACAACUUGGAUCUUCGAAAAAAUAUAGAUGACAUACUAUUUUAUGAUUAUUCAAAACCUGAGUUGCUGGUAAACAGAACCGAUAAUCACAGAUGCACCGGUGACGAUCUUUGUCAUUAUACAAGUCACUUCCAAUAUCUUACAAUUUGUUUCAAAACGUCGAAUAUGGAAGACAUCAACAACUUUGGAUUCCAAGCAGUAGUUACAACUAGGGAUCUGAAUGGCGGUAAAAUUCGAAAACCGAUUAGUGAAACUCCAGUAAUCCUCUUUUUCAGAAUCAAAUUCCUUCCGCUCUAUGCUUCAAUUAAGUUUUUUGAUUAUUUUCUUCUCGAUUUAUUUGUUAAAACAUAUUUAGAUCAUGAAUAA